GAAAUACCAACAGUUCAAGUCGACAUUUCAAACGGCACGGUAGAUAAAAUCUUUGAGUGCGAGUGCAUAAAGAAAUUGAUACUGCAAUGCAAAUUAAUUAAACAAAAAAUUCAAAUUUAGUAACAGAAUUUACUUAAACAAACCUCGUUAAAUACCACAAAAAUUAAAUAAAAUAGUGAAGAUUGUGUGUAGAGAUUCGUUUUUACGUCAGACGACGAAUGAUAACUACUAAUUGACCCCGAGGGUAAAUGUUUAUAGGCGAAACUUUCAUCUUAUAGCUACGUCAAUGGCAGAGCCCAAUAUGAACGAUAUAGUAGCUGUGGAUGAGACCCAAGUAGAGCCGAAAAAAACCAAAGUGAAGAAACCCUCAAUGCCCACGGUCAACUAUAUACAUCUAUUUCGAUAUGCGCGUGACUGGGAUUAUCUUUUACUACUCGGCGCCCUUAUUGCAGCCCUUCUUCAUGCCUUGGUCUUUCCCAUAGCCAUUAUCGUUUAUAGCGAAUUGGUAGCCAUGUUUAUUGAUCGUAGCUUGGGCAUUGGCACCAGCUCCAAUACACAUGCCCUGCCCUGGUUUGGUGGCGGCAAACAACUCACCAACGCGAGCUAUGAGGAAAAUAUGCAGGAACUGCGCAAGGAUAGCGUCUCCUUUGGCAUAUUCAUGACAUUGGAUUCCUUGUUAAUGCUUUUCUCUGGCAUGACUUUUGUCAAUAUCUUUAAUCAUCUGGCUCUCAAGCUGACUAUACGCAUGCGACGGGAAUUUUUCAAGGCAACAAUCAGACAGGAAAUUGGCUGGCAUGAUAUGGCCAAGGAUCAAAACUUUGCCGUGCGCAUAACUGACAACAUGGAGAAAAUACGCACUGGCAUAGCCGAAAAUCUGGGACACUUUAUAACCAUAAUGUGUGAUGUGGCUAUAAGUGUGAUAAUAUCCUUUGUCUAUGGCUGGAAGUUGGCUUUGGCCAUGUUCUUUUAUAUACCACUCACCAUGGUGGUCAAUGCAGUUGUCGCACAUUAUCAAAGCAAGCUGACUGCUCGUGAACAGAGCUCCUAUGUGAGAGCCAGUUCGGUGGUGGAGGAAGUCAUUGGCGCCAUUCGCACUGUGGUUGCCUUUGGCGGAGAGCGUUCCGAGUCUACGCGUUAUGAUAAUCUCCUCAAGCCCGCUUUGAAGGCGGGCAAAUGGAAGGGCGCCUUCUCUGGUCUCAGCGAUACGGUAAUGAAGGCCAUGAUGUUCAUUGUGGGCGCUGGAGCCUUUUGGUAUGGCGCCAAUUUGAUUCUACACGAUCGUAGCAGUGAUGUUGCUGCGGAGGAUCGAGAUUAUACUCCAGCUGCGGUUAUGAUUGUCAUUUCGGGCAUUAUUGUCGGUGCUAAUCAACUUUCCCGCACCUCACCCUUUCUGGAGACCUUUGCCAUGGCCCGAGGAUCAGCGAGUGCCAUUUACGAUGUCAUCGAUCGUGUUUCCGCCAUUGAUCCGCUUUCCAAGGCGGGCAAAAUUCUAAACUACGGACUGACGGGCAGCAUUGAAUUUAGAGAUGUCUUUUUUCAGUAUCCUGCUCGUAAGGAUAUUAUAGUAUUACGGGGACUCAAUUUGACCGUUAAGGAGGGUCAAACUGUGGCCUUAGUUGGUUCCUCGGGCUGUGGAAAAUCAACUUGUAUUCAAUUGUUGCAACGUUUCUAUGAUCCUGUUUUCGGCCAAGUUCUAUUAGAUGGCGAGGAUGUUAGAAAAUAUAAUUUAAAGUGGUUGCGCUCCAAUAUAGCUGUGGUGGGUCAGGAACCUGUGUUGUUUAUGGGUACCAUAGGGGAAAAUAUACGACACGGCAAACCGGAAGCUACACAGAAAGAAGUUGAGGAUGCAGCCAAGGCAGCCAAUGCUCAUGAUUUUAUCAUUGCUUUAUAUAAGGGCUACGACACACACAUUAGCGAAAAGGGUGUACAGCUUUCCGGCGGACAACGUCAGCGUAUUGCCAUAGCCAGAGCUCUCAUACAAAGACCUACAAUACUUUUACUAGAUGAGGCCACUUCCGCUUUGGACUAUCAUUCCGAGAAGUUGGUACAGGCUGCCUUGGAUAAAGCCUGCAAGGGUCGCACCACUUUGGUGGUUUCACAUCGUUUAUCUGCCAUCCGACAUGCCGAUCAAAUAGUCUACAUGGAAAAUGGCAAAGCGGUAGAGCAGGGCAACCACGAGGAUCUCAUGAAACUUCAGGGGUAUUACUACAAAAUGGUCGCUGCCCAUGAAUAUGAUGAGAAAGCUGAUGAAUUGCUCAAUGAAAGCGAGGAAUUGCCCAAGGAACGCAAGAAAUCCCAUGAUGUGGAGGAGCUUCCCAAUUCAUUGAAAACGCUCGAUAAAAAUGCAGAAUUCCAAAUGAAACGUUUGAAUGGUGACCUCAAUCCAUUCAAAUCCUUGGAGACUGAGAAGUCCAAGCAACCAAAGAGUAAUAGUUAUCCACGUACAUUUCUGCGCAUCUUGGGCUGGUCACGUCCUGAAUGGAGCUUCCUCAUCAUUGGCACCAUUUGUGCUGGCCUUUAUGGCUGUGCCAUGCCCGCCUUCUCCAUUGUCCUGGCUGAGCUGUAUGCCUCGCUGGCGGAAUCCACAGAUGAAGCAGUGCUGGAGCACAGCUCAUCCAUGUCCAUUGUCAGCGUUAUAAUUGGCAUCUGUGCGGGAAUCUUCUGUUUCGUGCAGACCUUUUUCUAUAAUCUAGCUGGAGUUUGGUUAACUUCACGCAUGCGCUCCAUGACAUUUGGCUCCAUUAUGAAACAGGAAAUGGGCUGGUUUGAUGAAAAGGAGAACAGCGUGGGUGCUUUAUCCGCUCGAUUGGCUGGCGAUGCAGCCAGUGUACAGGGUGCCAUCGGGUUUCCACUCAGCAAUAUUAUACAAGCGCUUACCAACUUUAUCUGCAGCUUUUCCAUAGCAUUUUCCUAUUCCUGGGAGCUGGCACUUGUCUGCCUAAGCACAGCGCCAUUUAUGAUAGCCUCGAUUGUGUUUGAGGCCAAGUUUAGUGAGAAAUCCGCAAUGAAGGAGAAAACGGUGUUGGAGGAAACGAGUCGCAUUGCCACGGAAACAAUUGCACAAAUUCGAACUGUCGCCGCAUUGCGUAGAGAGGAGGAACUGAUCAAGGUCUAUGAUGAGGAAGUGGAACGAUAUCGUCAACAGAUCAAAAGUCGUUUGAAAUGGCGAGGAUUGGUCAACUCAAUGGGCAUGACAUUGAUGUUCUUUGGCUAUGCGGUCACUUUGACCUAUGGUGGAUUCAUGUGUGCAGAGGGAAGGAUUAAGUUUGAAGUCAUUAUGAAAAUUGCCAACACAAUGCUUUAUGGCCUUUUCAUCUUGGCCCAAUCCUUGGCCUUUACACCAGCCUUCAAUGCGGCAUUGCUUUCGGCAACUCGCAUGUAUGAAAUGAUAGAUCGUCAACCGCUCAUACAGUCGCCCAAUAUUGUAGAACAGAAUGGCAAUCGUAAUGACAUCUAUAAGACAAAUGUUUUGGAAAAAGGUGUUAGCUAUCGUGAGCUUAACUUUGCCUAUCCAUCAAGACCCGAUCUCACCGUGUUACAAGACUUUAAUUUAGAUGUGCUGCAAGGACAAACUGUGGCACUUGUAGGUGCUUCCGGUUCCGGUAAAUCCACCUGUGUACAAUUGCUAAUGAGAUACUAUGAUCCAGAUGAGGGCAAAAUCCUAAUUGAUCAGGAGAGCAUACAUCAUGACAUGGAGUUGAAAACUCUACGUCGUCGCUUGGGAAUUGUCUCACAGGAGCCGUCGCUCUUUGAGAAAACCAUUGCGGAGAAUAUUGGCUACGGAGAUACCUCCCGAGAUGUGCCCAUGCAGCAGAUCAUUGAGGCUGCCAAAAUGGCAAAUGCCCAUAAUUUUAUUAUGGCCUUGCCGGCACAAUAUGAGACCAUGUUGGGCGCCAAAGGAACACAGCUCUCAGGUGGGCAAAAACAACGCAUUGCCAUUGCCCGCGCCAUGGUGCGUAAUCCCAAGAUUCUGCUGCUAGAUGAAGCCACCUCCGCAUUGGAUAUGCAGAGUGAAAGGGUAGUGCAACAGGCUUUGGACUCCGCUUGCUCGGGACGCACCUGCAUUGUCAUUGCCCAUCGUUUGUCCACGGUGCAAAAUGCGAAUUUUAUUUGUGUAAUUCAAGCCGGACGCAAUGUGGAACAGGGCACACAUUCCCAGCUGUUGGCCAAGAAUGGCAUUUAUGCCAAAUUGUAUCGCAGUCAAUCAAAAAACAAAUAAAGCUACAAAGUAUGCAAUCAAAUUUAUAGCAAUUACGUAGCCAAGACACAAACCACACGCCCCUAAAAUUAUGCUACAAUUUAAUUUAAAAUGCUUGUAAAGAAUUCGAAAUAAAAAAAUAUCUUAGAAAAACA